CGCGCCGCCAUUUUGUCAGUGAGGGGUGAGCGGCGGCGAGAGAUGCAGAGCUCUUAAUAAGAGGGCUGAGAUUUCUAAAGGUCUGUUCUGAAUGAAUAAGUCCUAACUGGUAUGUAGACAGAAUGGAUUCUCUGACUCCCUCACCAAACAUAGUAGAUAUGAAUCUGAAGAUAACUCGUAUAGAAUGCCGUCCUGAAUGCUUGGUUAUAGUGUUCCAGGGUCAAUACAAGGCAGGAUGUGAGCUUGACUAUUAUAUACUACAAAAUGAAAUACAACGUGUGUUCAAAGUAAAAGAUAAUGUUUCCGUUGGUGGAUCUUGUUUGGUGGAAGACACAGAAGGAAAAUGGCAUAGAGGAAGAGUUCUGGAAAAGAGAGAGAAUAUCUGUGAGGCUUUUCUUAUAGACACUGGGCAAGUGCUAGCUGUUGAGGAAACACAUCUUGCUUCUGCUUGUAAUGAAUUGUUUCAGCUGCCUCCAAAGGUGGUUUGGGGUGUUUUUGCAAGCAUACUUCCUCUUGGAGAAAAAUGGGGUCCGAAAGCCAUUAACUAUUUUUCAUCUCUGGUAGGAUUACAGAUUACGGGUCACGUGAAAGCUGUUAUACCAUACCAACUGUUUAUUCUAGAAGUACCAAAGGUCAUUAGUGAUGUUCUUGAACUGCAGUUAGGAAAAUUUAUUGAUGGAGAUUCAUUUUGUCUUAUUGUAGAAACGUUAAGAGUGUUUCCCCAAGAAAUGCUAGUGCCACAAUUGUUGCAACGGAAGUAUCCAGUCAAAGAGUUGCUUACUUUCAGUAAUUUUGAGAAACCAACAGAUUUUUGGCCAGUUCCAGAUGAUCUCUUUCCAUGUCUACCUGUUGGCAGUAAAGAAAAUGUAAAAAUAACUGUUGCAGUAAGCCCAAAUAAAUUUUACUGUCAGAUUCAGAAAUGGCAGAAAGAGCUGGAAGAUUUGACGGGAGCUAUGCAUUUGUACUAUGAAGCUAUCAGUACAGAAAAUAAUAAAUCUUUUGAUAGUUUAGGGCUACUCUGUGCUGCCAAAAGGCAAAACGGACAAUGGCAUAGAGGAGUGAUAAAACAGCUUCUCUCUGACUGUGUGGAAGUCUGGUUUAUGGAUUUUGGCAAUAUUGAAGCUGUGCCAUCUAGUUGUGUUCAGAAACUUAAAGUAGAGUUCAUGGCAUUACCAAUGAUUUCAUUUCCAUGUGCACUGUCUUGUUUCGGUAGUCAGGAUGAAACAGUAAUAAAAAGUCAGCUGAAAGAACUUAUACGGGCCUUGAUAGGACAAACUUCUGUGUGUGUCCGUGUUGAUUUAUUCAGUGACAUUAAACGCUUGUAUUACAUUACGCUGCAAAAUCAAAAUCUUGGAAUUAAUACUAAGCGUCCAGAAAACCUGAAUGAGGCAGCUGCAUCAUGUGUCUCGCUUUCGGAAACAACAGUCACGAGUAUUGCUGUAACCUACAAACCAUGUGAUGGGAGAUACAAUUCAUUUAAGAAUUGUACUGGAAAUAAGCAUACAAAAACCUGCUUACCUGAACGGGAUAUUUCUUUGUCAAGCCACUGCAAAAGAGUAGAAAUGCAAAUGAAUUCUUUCCAUACUGCUUUUGUGGUAUAUGUCAUAAAUCCAUCUGACUUCUGGAUUCAAACAUGUGAAUAUCAGAAUGAAUUUCAAGCCCUGAUGAAAAAUAUUGCAGAUUCAUAUAACCCAUGUGGAGCUGAUGAAAUGGUCCUUAAAAACCCAGAACCUGGAUUGCUGUGCUGUGCCCGGUAUAGCAAAGACAUGCAUUAUUAUCGGGGUGUUGUCGUUGAAGUGCUUCAUGUAAAUAUUACUGUUUAUUUUUUGGACUUUGGAAAUACAGAUACAGUACCCUGUUAUGAUGUGAAAAGAUUGCUUCCUGAGUUUUCUGAUUUACCAGCUUUAGCUAUGUGUUGUGCACUUGCUUAUACGUUUCCUGUUGAUGAUGUGUGGGUUAAAAAGGAAACUGAUUUCUUCAAAGACAUUGUGUUUAACAAGCUACUCCUGCUUCAUGUUAUUGGAAAGCAAAACGACAAGUAUAUUGUUAACGCGCAGUAUAAGAAUGGUUUGCAGCAAGGAAAUGUUGCCACAUGUAUGGUUCAAGCUGGAUAUGCUGAACACUGGGAAAAGACACCAGAUUCUGUUCUAAAUUCGGCAAAAAAAAGUCGAGCCCUGAAUCGCCACAAAUUAAAAAAAAAAAAAGCAAAUGCACAGAGCAUCUGUAAUAUUCGUAAAAAUAAGGUAUCUGGAAAUGGAGAGAUAUUUCAGAAGGAAAAAUCAUUAAGUGUGCCUUCAGUGCUGAGAGAAUCUGUUGUGCUGUCCUGUUUUGGAAAAGGUGCUAUCUCUAAAAGCCGUAAAUUGGUACAUGAGAAAAGAUUAUUUUACAAAGAGUUUGUGUUUAAACCAGGAGCUGUUUUUGAAGUGGUGUGUUCUUACAUUGUUUCCCCAGCAGAUUUUUCAUGUCAGUUGCAAAGUAAACUGCCAGAGCUAAAUAACUUAAUGGAACAAAUUCAGACUUACUAUAAAGAGCAUACCAGUCCUUACAAAACUGGACAGGCUGCCUGUGUUGUUAAAUGUCCCAAAGAUGGGAAGUGUCAGGCAUUUCGGUGUGGACUUAAAGAUGUACCCUUACAGAAUGACUCACUUAAUUGGUCUGAAAAAGUGCGUAGACAUUUUGAAGACUUUAUUUCUGCUUCUAGAGGACCGCUGACUUGCAUCAUUUAUGCUCUUAUUCUUGUAAGCCCCAACUGUUUAUGCAAUAUAGUUGACUUACAGACUCCAUUUAUUAGCGCAGAGGAAUUCCUCAGAGAACGUGGUCUCACCCAGUCUGAAUAUAUUGGCCUGAGAAACCUUGCAUCUUUGGGUUCUCUGUACAGUUUUUGCUACUCAUCUUUUAAUAUAAAAAUUGGAAGUGAGGAGGAGGUUUAUAUAACUCACAUACAUAGUCCUUCAAAAUUCUAUUGUCAGCUUAAUCGAAACACUGAAACUAUACAGGCAUUGAUGAAGAAGGUUAGUGUCAUAAGUAAAAUGCCAAAUAGUACGAAAUAUGAUACUGGCAAUACGCGAUUAUGUAUAGCCAGAUAUUUUGAAGAUGGUCUCUUUUAUAGAGCUUUGGCUUUUCCUGUGGAAUCGACAUCCUAUCUAUGUGCUGACUUUGUGGAUUUUGGAAAUAAGAAUAUGGUAGAGAGAGACCAGUUGAUGCCAAUUCCAGACUCUUCUACUGACCUAAUAUUCACACCCAUGCAAGCUAUUAAAUGCUGUCUGUCAGAUCUUAGGGAGACAAAAAUUCCAGCAAGUGUUACUACAUGGUUUGAGGAAACAUUCCUUGGUAAACUGCUGAAGGCUGUAAUUGUAUCCAGAGAAUCAGAUGGACAGAUUGUUGUGGAGUUGUAUGAUGGACAGCUCAAAGUCAGUCAGAAAAUUAAAGAAAAAAUAUUGGAGGAAUUGGCACUGAAAAAUUAUACGGAAGAAUUUGUUGGAAGUAAUGGAAGAGUGAUAAGUCACAUGGAAGAUGACAAAGAAAUUAAUAAAGUAACUGUUAAAAAUCCUGGAAGAGUUAAAUUGAAAACUAAAGUGAAAUGCCAAGUACGUGAUAAGUAUUAUCAGACAGAUAUUGGACAGAAUUUUGGAGAUGAAGAGGAAACUGCAUGUAGCACACAAAAGUUGUGUAGUGGGUCCUCAAAACCGCUAACUUUACAGGACAGUCAAGAACCAGGUUUUAGAAAUACUGUCAGUGUUUUGGAGCACAGAGAGGAACCUCUGGUUGGAGAGCCUGCUUCUCUCUCACUCUGUCAUCCUGCUUUAAAUUCAAAGGAAAUAACUGUAAAAGCUCUCUCUGAAUCUCAUAAUGAAAGGCUAAAUUAUACAGGUCAGCAGCAAAGGAAUAACGAAGAUAGACCUAAAUUAAUCAGUCUUCCUCAACAUGAUAUUCAGGUGAAUUCUGAAGUAGUGGGGUAUAUUUCUCAUAUGAAUAGUCCAUCAAGUUUCUAUGUUCAGCUUGCAGAGGAUGAAAACUUAAUAAUACAACUAGCAGAAGAAUUAAAUGAAAGCAUGGUGAAUAUAGGUCAUGAAAAUUGCGUAGGUGAGCUCAUGGUAGGGGAUUUCAUUGUAGCAGAGCGCGACACUGAUUGUUUUUACUAUAGAGCAGUUAUUAAAACUCUGCAAUCAGGAAACUCCUUUGAGGCAGAGUUCAUUUAUUAUGAUAAUACAGCAGUUGUAAGCCCUUCAAAAAUCUGCAGGAUUCAGAAAAAGUUCUUAACUUUGCCGGGGCUUAGUGUUCAUUGUUUCCUUAGGAGAGUAGGAAGUGUUCCUGAUGAAAGCUGGACUAAUAAAAGUACUUCCUAUUUUAUAAGCGAAAUAAAUAACAAGCCGGUCGCUUGCAAGUUCUUACAGCAACAUGGAGAGCGAUGGGAAAUAGAUGUAACUUGUGAUGGAAAGUCUAUGUCUAACGACCUUCUGCAGAAAAAAGGCAGGACAAGGUGGCAAAACACACCAAUGCAUAAUCAGGAAAAUAGGCCAAAACAAAUUCUGGUUACAAAUGGUAAUCCUCAAGAUAGAAAGUGUAGGAAUGGCUUAGGUGGUCGAAGUAAAACUAAGGCUGUUAGGAUGAAAAAUAGUUCCAAAACACCCUUAAAUGUCCUUCCUCAAGAUCUAAAUUCUGGACAGGUAGAAGGAGCUGAAGUAAUCAAUAUUUCAGAGAGUGGAGAAUUUCAUGUACAGUUACUUAAAAAUUUGCGAAUAUUACAUGAGUUAAAUGUAAUGCUUGUCAAAGAAGCACAAAGAAGUGAUUUGUUUAGAGUGGAUGACAUUGAAGAAGGAUUGGAAUGUAUGACAAAAUCUGGAAGGAACUUGAAGUGGUAUCGAACAAAAGUGAUAAAGAAAUUUGUCAGGGAAAAGUUAAUGCUAGUUUUUUUCAUGGAUUAUGGCAAGUAUGAGAUGGUGUCCUUAAAUAAUGCAAAGAUGCUCAGUGAUGAGAUUAAAAGUAUUCCUAAACAAGCUGUAUUUUGUAAAUGGGUUUGGUUCAAAAAACUGAAGAAAAUUCAGUUUGUCCAUGUAGUAAAUGCACUCCUGGAUCGUGAAAUAAGGAUCUUGUUUUUGAGAUACUUGGAACCCUCUCAUAUCUGGGAAGUAGAUAUUUUAAUAGGCGAAAUUCUGCUUCAAGAGUAUUUGAACCAGCUCUUAAGUCGUCGUCGGACUAUUGUUGGACCAGAAAAGUCCUGUAAUACAGACUGUAAGGAGUUUGAUACAUCAUUCAAGAUAAAUUCAAUCACAUGGACGCUGCUGCAGAGUGGCAGAAGGUAUCCUGGGUUUGCAACUGCAGUUACUGAUCCUUCAAACUUCUGCAUCCAGUUUGAAGUCUUAUUUGAUUGCAUGAAAAACUUGUCUUUGCUGCUCUCUGACCUUCCUGACAACUUGCCAGCUUUGCCAAAAGAACUUGUGGCUCCUGGUGCUAGCUGCUUGAUCAAGCUUGGACUGGAAGCACAGUGGAACAGGGCAGAAGUUAGUGAAGUAACAAGUCAGUCUGUUGUUCUUAGGUUUAUUGAUUAUGGCUUUCUGAAGAGCAUCCCUUACUCUGAUAUCCAUAAACUUAAAGUUAUUCCAGAAAGUCUGUCUUAUUUACCACGCUUGGCACACUCUUGCUCUUUACAUGAUACAGUUCCUGCCAAGGGGGAAUACUGGAGUGAUGAAGCCAAACUACUGUUUCAGAAGCUUCUUAGUAAGCCGGGUCUGAUGCUUAAUUUUAAACACUAUGGCUCUGAAAUGAAAUUAGAGGUGGAUGUUCUGUACGAGGAGAACAAUCUAGCUCAUGCCUUAAUUGCUGCUGGCUAUGCAGUCCACUCUAGAAGUAGGUGCUGCCUCAUUCCAGUUGGCAGAAUUAAAUCAGAAAAAACAGAUUUGCAGCCUAAGUGUCCAAAUUCUAGUUACUGUGCUUCCCUUUGUGAACCAGAUCAUAAUUAUGAUGAGAAAUCUUAUUUUGCUGACAGAAAUAAAGAAGUGAAACAAAAAAAGUAUCCGAAGCGUAGGACUAUCUGUGAUAAAGUUUCAAAUAAGUAA